CAGGCGGGCCGUACGCCUUGACGGAGCCUGUGUCUGUUGUCGCCGUCGCUCGCCAACCCCUGAGGCCGUGGCUCAAGCAGCGCAGUGUCUAAGAGCCAUCGUCGCAGCAAGACCAUGGCCACGACGACUACAGGACCGCCGGAGAGCUCUGCCGCCAAGGUAGCGGACGCCCGGCCUGAGAACGUCCUCGACGACGCCUCUUCGGUGGACGAUGGCGUCCACGAAAAGCAGGACGCGCCGGUCGGUGCCUCCAAGUGGCAGAAAGUAAAGCAGCACUUCCGGCGGUUCUGGUGGGCUCACCUCAUCGCGGUGAUCAUCUUGCUGGCCAUCUUGUUACCGAUCAUAUUCAAAGUCAUUAUCCCGGCCAUCAUCAGGAACGUCGUCAAGAGCCAGGAGCUGCCCGUAAUAAGCGGCGCCCUCAACUUCACCGCCCCGACCCAUCUGAACAUGUCCAUGGACACCUCCCUGGACACGCCACUCGGCGUCAAGAUCGAUCCCCUGGCGCUCAGCCUCUACCAGCCGCCCGCCGACCCCGACCACGACGACUCCGACGCCAAGGGCCCCUUCUUGACGCUGCAGAUGCCAGAGCAACACGUCCACCACCUGACCAACGUCUCGAUCCCCGAGCAGACCGUCCAGGUGCUCAACCAGACGCAGAUAACCGCCUGGUUCAACCAGUUCUUCGACAACGAGACGGUCGACCUCCGGCUCAAGGCCGACCAGCUCAGCGCGCACCUCGGCGCGCUGCACUACGACGUCAGCCUGGACAAGACGGUCAAGGUGCCCGGGCUGAACUACCUUGCGGGGUUCGGGGUGCAGGACAUGCAGUUCACGAUCCCGCCGGACCCGGCGACUGGGUACAACCUGCGGGGCCACUUGCUGAUUCCCAACGCGGGCGUGAUCACGCUGGGGCUGGGCAACGUGUCGUUCAACAUCCUGGCGGGCGACGUCAACCUGGGGCUGGUGCACCUGUACGACCUGGACCUGCGGCCGGGCAACAACACGCCCUACUUCGAGGGGGAGUUCUACUUCGACCAGCUGGUGCCCAACCUGGCGGCCGUGCUGGCCUCGCAGCAGGCCGCGCUGGCCGACGGCGUCGUCGAGCUGCACUCGCGCGGCAACGCCACCGUCAACUACGGCCGCCACAUCCCCUACAUCGAGGGCGUGCUCAACAUCAAGCGCAUCCCCAUGCGCAUCCCCCUCACCUCGCUGCUGCUGGACGUCGUCGAGGGCGUGCUAGCCGGCGGGAUGAACGGCACGCAGCACCUGCCGCUGCUGGACACGCUCGGCGAGGUGCUGGGGAAUAAGACCCUGUUUGAGCAGAUGCUCAGCCAUUGGGAUGCCGCUGGCGGCGGCGGGAACGGGACGGCGGCUGGCGGCGCCGCCGGGGGGAAGAGGUCGGUGAUGAGGGCGGUGGGGAGGUCGAUGCGCAUGAAUCUGUUCAAGUUGGGCUUGAGGAGCCUGCGAUCCAAGUUUUGA